AUGGCGGCUGUUGACAUCGGCACUCCGGUCAAGCGAGAGCCAUCUGCUCUCGCCGACUCGCCCGCGUGCCCCACGCCUCUCUCCCAGUCACUCGACAACCACGGCACGCCAGGCUCCGCGUCCAAUGUCAAGAUGAACUCAACGCCAUCGCCCUCGACCUCGACGGCCAGCAACGGCCAGCCAAGCCAGUCCAGGCGCCCUCCGCGCAAGAGCACCCUCACACAGCAGCAGAAGAACCAGAAGCGCCAGCGCGCCACCCAGGACCAACUUGGCACCCUGGAGAUGGAGUUCAACAAGAACCCCACGCCCACGGCUCAGGUCAGGGACCGCAUUGCUGAAGAGAUUGACAUGACUGAGAGAUCGGUGCAGAUCUGGUUCCAAAACAGGCAUGAGGCCGGCAAGGGCCUCGGCGGACAUACCUUGGCCGGGUACAAGAUCGAGUACCCUUUCGCUUACAUCAAGAACAUGUACCUCGAGAACCAGGAGGGCGACCCCAGCAAGCCCAGUGGCAUUGUCAUUGAGCUCAACAGGCCCCCCCAUUUCUUCAUGGACCAGACGCCCGCCACGAGUGGUUUCUUCCAGUGCGGCGAUUUCACCGAAGAGCAGCAGGCCUCGAACUGUCUGGUUCACCACCUCGGCGGCAACCCCAAGGUUCUCAGCGGUCAGCUUGCCAAGCUGGUCUCACUCGAUGCCUUCAUGAACCGCAACAACCCGAACCCUUUCUUCGAGAACCACUCUCUCUCCGUCUCCGCCCCCGUCUCACCUACCGCGCGCCCCUCUUCACAGCCCAACUUUGCUCAGCCACACGUCGGCAUGUUCCAGGAGUCCUGGGGCAUCAACCACCUGCAGCCUGGCAUGCGUGGUCCUGGCCACAAGAGGCAACGCAGUAGGUCUGUGCCCAUGGCUGUUGACUUCUCCAUGCUCCAGACGCCGAUGCCGUCGUUCUACAUCCAGCAACCCGGCGAGGCGGCACCUCAGCCGCACAACCCGAAUAUUUUCGCUCCCGUCCCACAGCAGCCCAGCGGCCUUGGUCCCAAUCUGAGGAUAGACACGCAAGCUGGUUUUGGGAUGGAGAUGCGGCAGUAUCCCAUGUCGGCAACGACCGCGUCUCCAUCCGAGUUCGCGAGCCCUGGCUACUUUGCCGGACCGGAGCCGAGCCCGCUGCCGACGUCUAGCUACAACACGCCAUACGGUGGAGCGUUCCUCUCGCCGAUGGCGAACCCCUCCAACAUGGUCCCGCCGCCGCAUUCGCCUCUGUCCUUCAACGGCCAUGGCGAGCCCUCCAUCGUUGAGCAGUCGCCGCCCCUGUCUAUGCUGGGCAGGGCCGGCGUCUGCUGA